ACCACCUUCACAAGGCCCUCCACUACAAGUCCACUACUGCCACGACAAGGAAAAGUGUGCUAUUAAAGUGCCAGGAUUGUUUGCAGCUGGAGAUGUAAUUCAUCCUACUAGAAUUAAACAGGUAGUAACUGCUGCAUCAGAUGGGGCAAUAGCUGCUCAGGCAGUUAUUGAGCAUUUAAAAAAGCAAAGCAAUUUUUUAAAUUAA